UAUCCUUACCACUUUACCAGCUGGCAGAGAGCCUUCCUUUUCCGAUUCUCUAUUUCCUUUCCUCAUUCCCAAUCUCCGAUCCAUCCCUAAAAACAACUGAGGAGAGAUCGAUGAUGAUGAAGAUGCCUUGGAGGAGGAAGAGCAGGAGCUUCCAUCUUCAGCUACAAGGGGCAAUUGAGAGUAAAAUCGACAAAGCAGUGGAAUUUUUCGAUGAUAUGGUUGCACGUGGUUAUCAACCUGAUGUUCGUACUUUCAAUGUGAUAGUAAACGGAAUGUGUAAAUUUGGGAAAACAAAUGUGGCUAUUGGGCUACUGAAGGGAAUGGCUGAUAGAGGUUGUGAGCCAGAUGUUGUGACAUACGGAGCAAUCAUUGACGCCCUUCGCAAGGAUGAGCUAGUUGGUGAGGCUUUAGAGCUCUUCUCUCAAAUGAGGAAUAAGGGCAUUUCACCUGAUGUCAUCACUUACACUGGUUUAAUUCACGGUGUUUGCAAAUUAGGCCAAAAGAACCAAGCUUUGGCCUUGAUGAAUGAAAUGGUGGAGCAAAACAUAUUACCAGAUGUUUAUACCUUCAAUGUAUUGAUUGACGCACUUUGUAAGGAUGGAAUGGUUGCAGAGGCUCAAAAUACAUUCAAUGUAAUGAUUCAAAGAGGUGUAGAGCCUGAUGUGGUCACCUACAAUUCCUUAAUUGAUGGUCUUUGCAUUUCAGACCAAUUCAAGGAAGCUUUGGCCUUGUUGAAAGAAAUGGUCGGGAGGAACAUAUCCCCUAGUGUUUUUACCUUCAAUAUAUUGAUCGACACUCUUUGUAAGAAAGGACUGGUUUCAAAUGCACAGAAAAUAAUCAAGAUAAUGAUUCAAAGAGGUGUGGAACCUGAUGUUGUCACUUAUAAUUCAUUGAUGGAUGGAUAUUGUCUGUACAGGGAAAUUGAUAAGGCUAGAAAGGUAUUUGAUCUGAUGGUGACCAAUGAAAUAGCUAACAUUUUUAGCUACAGCAUUUUGAUCAAUGGAUAUUGUAAGUGCAAAAUGAUAGAUGAUGCAAAGGAACUUUUUGAUGAAAUGUCUCUUAAAGGUUUAGUUCCUAAUGUUGUUACUUAUUCUACUCUUAUAGAGGGUAUGUUUCGAGCAGGGAGGCCCCAAAAUGCAAAAGAGCUUUUUAAGGAUAUGUGCUCUCAUGGUCAACAGCCAGAUAUAGUAACCUUCUCAAUUAUGAUUGAUUGCUUGUGUAGACAGGGGAAUCUCGAUGAGGCACUCACACUAUUGAAAGCAAUGGAGAAAUGUCAGUUGAAGCCUAAUGUUGUGAUCUAUAGCAGUCUGAUCAAUGGUAUGUGCAAAGUUGGGAAGAUUAAUGAUGCCAAGGAACUUUUUUCUAGUCUUUUUGAAAUUGGUUUACAACCUGAUGUUUAUGUAUAUAAUGCAAUUAUGAAAGGACUCUGUCAACAAGGAUUAAUGGAUGAAGCGUAUAAGGUAUUUAAAGACAUGGAAAAGGUAGGAUGUUUACCAGAUAAUUGUUGUUAUAAUAUCAUCAUUCAAGGGUUUCUCAAGCAUGAGGAUUUACCAAAAGCAUCAGAACUAAUCAACGAAAUGGUUGAUAAGGGGUUCUCUGCUGAUGAUGCUACCACAGAAUUGGUAGUACAUUUAUCGCAGAAUAAUGAUCUCAUUCUAAGCAAACUACGAAAUCGUUCUGAGGCUUCUAAAGGGGUGCAAUGAGGGAUCAGCAAACUAAAAUUGUUAUAUCUUGACCGUUCAAUGGUGUCUUGGAGAGAAACUUGGUAAUUACCUUCUUCAAAUGUAGUAGAUAUGUAAUUUAACUAACUUCAAAUUUCAUGUUUAAUUUCAAUCAGCUGUGAUUCUCUUCCACAAAACAAAAAUUUCUAACACUGUAAAUUACCUGCAGUGGAAACCAUGAUAUGUUUGUGCCUUUCUCUUGAACUCAGACAUGGACUAGACCUCUUUGGAUAUAAGAUUGUUGAUGAAUGGAGGUCAUAGAUUUCUAAUGAUCAAGUUGCUGGUAAACCCACCAUCUUCCUUACAAUUUUUUUUUGGGCUGCUACUACAGCCUUAACUCGAGAGCUUAGUCCUAAAAAUGAGUUGAGAACUAAAACUACUUGAUUCCAUGCUAUAAUGCUUAAGAAUCUUUAUCUAUUUUACUUUUGUGCUCAAUGACCUUUUAAGAUGCUAUCAUUUUUCAGUAAACAUGCUGCAUUAGGACAAUAACUUGGAGAUUGGAUCAUAUAUUUUGAUUUUUACUAGUAAGAAUGCAGGUGUUAAAUCAGUGAACUAGCAGGUGUUAACACCUGCUUUCUGUAUCAUUUUACCAAAGCUACUCAUGCCUGUUUCCGUCCAUUAGAAUUUAACACCUACUAGUUUAUCAUAUACUUGCAUUACUUGUAAUAAGUUUAUGCUCCCAAAAUGAUUUCUAUUUAUUGC